AUGAAAUUCUUGAUAGUCCAAGAACCAACAAACGUGAACGUAUUUAGCAAAGCCCAUUUAGUUAAUCCCCAAGCUCGUGCGCUUCUCAGGCGUGUUAAUAUGGCACCCGGAUACUAUCCUGCCAUGCAAAAAGACAUGAAGAUGAACAAUAAUGCUGUUUCUGUUCAUCAUCAACGUACUUCCCAACUCGAACGAAAUAUCAUCGAUUCAUCGUCUUCAACAAUGGGCAAGAAGUCGUAUGGCCAGCUCAAGCUAGUUGAACAACUCGAGCUACAUACUGGAGCCAGUCAUCCGCACCGAAAUACUGAAAUGCAACUCCUCCACAAUGCCGAACAUCAAGACAUCGCUAGCUUUCCUCGACAAGCACAAGCCCAAGCCCAAUAUAAUGAUGUCUCGGGUCGAAGUAUGGAGUACGCAUCAGCUCACCAGAAGCAAGGACUUGAUCAUCAUGUUAUGGAGUAUGGACAUGGCACUCUUGGCACCAGUGAUGAAAAAAUUGGACAAUAUAGUGCGCAAUCGGAUAAUGAAAUGCACCUCACGAACGGUCCAGUAGAUAUCGACGGUCACUAUCCCACCCAUAUCGACACCACCAAGACAUGGCCACAUCCAACGCACAGCAACAAUGCACCGAAAGAUGGCGAGGACUCGAAUAACAGAGAUGUUGCAUUAGUCCAGUCUCGAAUCAACCCAACCAAUCAACUCUUGAGAGAAAGAAGGCUCAUCGGAUCAAUCCCCGCAGAGGCUCUGUUUGUCUCAAAGUACAUGGGAGAUCAUAAUCAACGACACCCCUUCUUUAGAAGCGGUGGAGAAUUGGGGGUACCCGAUCAUCUGAACUGUUCAGUCUGGAUUCGAGGCAUCAGCAAGGAGAUUCCCAAGGAACAUUUGUAUUGGGAGUUAUUUAAGGUUGUCUCCGUCGGACCCGUUAUUGGCGCAUACAUUAACGAAGCAGGCGACUCCCUUCUACACCAUGCUGCAAAAGUCAUUUUCAGGCACCCGGAACAUGCUGGUCGAUUAUGUCAAUAUGCUUCCAAGCAUGGUAUACAAAUAAAUGGCGAGAAUCUUCGAGUUGAGCCUAAUAGGUUUGGAUACACCGAAUACCCACGUCGGUUGCAUUACCAAAGUCGCGUUGUUAUCGUCGAGGUUCUGAACGACUCAAACUUGGGAAUCGCGUAUUGGUUGAACUUCGUCAAGAGUUUGUGUGUUUUUGGUAUCGAGAGCACAAGACAUCUUUCCCAUAGUACUGCUAAUCGGAUGGUCAUGGAGUUUAGAUUUGCGCGGAUCUUUGGUCAAGCACAAGUCUUGCUCCAGGGUAUUAAGAGCUCCCAAGAAUUUAAAGGAAAGGUGUCUGUUCGAUAUGUACCAGAUGUCGCUUGCGAUUUGCCUCACAACUAA